AUGUUGCUCUUUGACUGGGUUGGUUGUAUUUUAUGUUAUCUUGCUCAUUCUGUGGGGCAAUAUAAGGUCAACGUUUUAAAAGAUUGGGACUAACUGGUUUGUAACACAUGUAGAAUAUCAAGGGAGUUCAAAUUGAUUUUGCGACUACAAAAUGAGGCAGAUUUUUUUCUGGUAUGGUUAAGAUUGGAUCAUUUUACGUUUUACAUACUUCUCAUUAUUUUAUAAAUUUACCUUUGUAUUCUGGAGAGAAAUUACUUGAUUACAUUUUCUUGUUUUCUCAAGUUCUUUUGUUAUGUUUAAUUUGGCAAAAAUCUAUACAUAUAUUUAUAUCAAAAUAAAGGUUAAAACUCUUUUAAGAAGAUUUUUAUCACCUUACAUACAUAUUACUUAUUUUUACGGUACUUUAAGUUUGUACAUACCAAUAGCUGCAUGAAGAUUCCCAAAGAACUUCCAGGGUUGUUUUAUCAUAGACCAGUAACCUCUGUUUUACUUAAACAGUGGAGAAGUAAAACUUAUGUAAAGAGACUUGUACUUUUCUAACGUACAAGUUAUCAUCAUUCUUUUGUGUAAAGUGUUGAAAUUUCCUUUUUGUUUUCCGUGCUUCCCAGGUUUCUUUCCAUGUUGCACCUGCAAUUUUUAAGCCCUGGUACCUCUAAUAUUAUUACAAGGCAGUGUGGCCGAGUGGUCAGUGUGUCGAACUUUCAAGCCAGUGGUCCCAGGUUGAAUCCUACCCUGGCCACACCUGGUCAAAUCCUUUUUUGUCCUUGUAAAACUACGUAGUUGCCUCCUACCAGUUGGGGCUUUUUAAUGAAGUUAAAUUUAUUUAGCACAGUUAACCCUUUAAGUCCCGACAGUGACCAACAUUAAUUUUCUCCCAAUGAUAUCCGUACAUUGUCAAGAGACUAGGUUAUGAGAAUUAAUAAAAUGAUCACCUAAGAGAAAAAAAAUACUUUGAUCUUUUGUCAAAUUCUCUCAACUCAUUCUUUAAGGAAAUAUAUAGAGAUCAGUUUGGAGAAUUUGUAUUUAGAUAUUGGGGCUUAAAGGUGAACAAUGAGGAUUGAGGGCGUGGUCAGCAGUCAGUAGUUUGGCUCAUGCCCAGUCAGCCUUGCUUUCUUCACCUCCAUGUGCUCAGUACAACGUUUUCCUGGUGGCCACUCUCUUUGUUUAGCCUUUGGAUCAUUCUUUUACCCCCAUCCCUCCCCGCCCCUUUAUUUUUCCACUGAUUAAUCAGUGACAGGUGCCUGGCUCCAUUGGCAUAGGGGCUCAUGGCUGGAGGGCAUGCGUUUGCCAGCCAUGGGGGCGUAACUCUGUCUAGGGGCCGGCUGUGCCAAAAGUGGAAGCCCCUGGACAUUCCAGGCACCCACCUCCACUAAGCAAUGCAGUUGUUAAAUCCUGUUAUGUUCUGUUUGGAUUAUUAACUUGUUUCUAGUUAUUAUUUGAGUUGAGGGGCUUUAUGCUAGCUGGAAAGCUAAAGCUGAAAGCUGAAGGGCCACUAUAAACAAACCUUUUUUUGUUAAAAAGGCCAUUAAUUUGUUGUCAUCUCAGCUCCCAUCUCAGUCUGCAUCUAACUUUGUGGUUACAAACUUUGCAGGAUUUUGAUAACCAGCAUCGGACUUCUGAUACCAGUAGUCUAGAAGAAGAGAGAGAAAAUGCCCGGCGGGAUCUUCAGCGAAGAGCUUUGGAGGCCUUAGAGGCAGCAAGGGUAUGUUGAAACAACUUGGCUGGAUUUUAUUAGUUGUUUUGUUUAAUCCUUUCACUUUAAAAUUCGUAAAUGAAAUCUUGUGAUGUAAUCCAUUCAAAUUAAAUCUCUUUGGCAGAACUAGUACUACAGCUGUAUUUAAUUCCUUAAGAUUUUCCGUAUUCAACUUGUUUAUUCAUAUGCCCUUGAAUCAUAUUUCAUUACUCCAAAACAAAAUCUUAUCUUUUUUAUAGCUAUGUGUAGAGUCCUGUUAUGAAAAUAUGCGUUAUCAUUAUCGAAAAAAAACAGAAAUAAACCUCUUUCAUAAUGGCGACACAGGGAUGUAGAUAAGGAAAAGCUAAGCAGGUUUUUUUAUUAAUCAAGCCAGCUUUUUUACUCAACUGCACCUUCAAAAUUAUAUUAGUCCAGGUCUUUGUUUUCCAGAGCAAUUUGGGCCGGCAGCUGGCUCUUAGCGACACUCGUGGCAACGUACAUAUUAAUUUUGUUAUUCUCUUGAUAAUGAUGAUAACAAGCCUUUCUGACCUUGUUUGAAAGUAACAAUUCUUUUGUAUUUUGCACAUGCUAACGAGGUCAAAAAGGCUAAUAAUUAUCAUAAUUAUCAUACAUGACCAAGAAUAUAUUAAUAGGCUGCCUUUAUGAAAGAGGUCUAUGUGUGUAAAUAAAACACAAAACUCUGUUUUGAUUCGUGUAUUUGUAAACUAUGUGUGAAUGAUUUCUACAAGCUGUGCCUCCUUUGCCACCUUGUCUAGUUAUAGAUUUUCUGUGCUGGAGAUUUAUGCAUUUUCCUUCAAUAACAAAAAUAAACGUGUUUGGUGUUUUUUUUUCUUUGUUGCCAUCCUGCGUAAAAAAAGUUUCAUGACCAGGAUCAUUAUAUGUAAGUGCUGACAGCGGGCUAAAAAAACUGGCUGCUUAGAGGCGUGAGCCAUCUACUUUUUUGGGAAAAAUGGGAAAGUGUGAGUGAAAGCCUGAAUUGCCUACAGCCUCAAUUGUACCAAGCCGCCUACUUUCACAUCCUAGCUGUCUACUUUAAAACUUAAUAAGAACCCUGCAUGACGCCUAUGUGAUUUUUGAAUCUAGUCAAAGCAAGUGGCAUUUGCUGUGAGAACAAACAUUGCGUAUGACGGAAGCAUAGAUGAUGAUUCCCCAGUGCAUGGUGCUGCAGUGUCUUUUGAUGCUAAAGACUUCCUUCAUGUUAAAGAGGUACUUGUAAAAUCUAUCAGAAAGUAACUGCACUUUGGUUUUCCAGUUAAAUUGAAUAGAGAGAAGUGUGAUGUCGCAGAAGCAGAACAGUAGGGAACUUGAGCAGUAAUGACGGCAAUGGCAGUAAGAAUGACAAAAAUGCAAUAAGUUUCUCCUAGCAUAACAACAACCUUGCAUGUGCAGCUUGCUUUUUUGUACAUUUCUUAGCUGUUGUUGUAUGACUGCGACAUGAAACUUCCUAAUUUUGUGCACCUGCUUUAUGGAGUAGGUUAACACAACACAAAGUUUUUCUUUUUCUAAACUUAAAUACGGUCCCUUCAGGUUCAACCCCAGAAGAAUUUGCGGACAUUUGACGAGUUAAAUUUCAUUUAAGACUGAGCUUGAAACAAUCAUCCAGAAAUUUUGCUAUCAUGGCAAUGUGAUGGAACGACUUUUCCUCUCUAACCAAGAGUAACAACAUUGUGCCCCUUUUGAGUCUGUCUGCUAUAGUUAAGCGGGCAACAGAAAGCUUUCCUCUCCUUCCAAGCAUUAUUGAUAUUAACGUUUUAUAAGAGACAAUUUGCCUACUUGCUAUGUCUGAAAAAACAUCUGGACUACAGCUGAAAAAUCAUUUUAUGGCACCUAACUAGAAAUGGUAAAUAACACAUUUACAAAAUAAAAGUGUAAUUAUUGACAUCCUCACUAAGGAUGAGUCUUUCAAUUUUCAAAAAUAUUUGCAUCUAUAAUGAUGAAAUUUGAUACUACUAUGUAUGUAAGUGUUAGAAUGUGCCUUCCCUUCUCACUGGAUUUUAAGACUAUAAUUAUAUAUAUUUUUUACAGAAAUUUAAUGACGACUGGUGGAUUGGAAGAGUUGUAAAGGAGGGCUGUGACAUUGGGUUUAUUCCAAGGUACUGCUAAAUGCUAAAUGCUUCUUCAAAAUGUCUCAGUUAACAUUUCAUUCAUGGUACAAAUGUACUUUGUCUUUCUUACAUUUGCAGUCCCAGCAAACUGAACUCACUGCAACAACAAUUUGGACUCAGCAGUGUAGGCGGAAAAGGAAGCAAAACAAAUCAGAAGUAAGAUUUUUCAUGUAAUACUGUAUAUCAAAAACGACACGCAGGGUUUCAUUUGAUAUCCAAACACCGAGAAGUGGGUUGAAAAAUGAGGUGCAGCUAAGUUUUUUAAGACCGACUUUGAUGUUUCUGGAUAUCGGAUGAAACACUGAGGGGAGUUUUUGAUAUAGCUUCUCAAAUGUUAACUUCACAAAAUUUUAUGGUAAUUAGUAUGUGAUAUCCAAACUACCGUCAUGGUUGUGAUUUUCUUUGUUUUCUCUGUAUGUAAUAUUAUUGAGCUUGAGAAUGUCUUGUAGAUGAGUGAUUCUAGAAGAAGUAAAAAUGUUCCACCUGGCUUGACUUUAAAUAGUUUUGUGCUUUUGAUUGAUAUAUUGUCAAAUGUAGCAAAGUAACAAGAAAUAAGAAUAUCUAGUCUAUUAUGUGAGUAACAUCAUUAUUAAAUUUCUACGUGAAGUACAUAGCAGUUUCUCAGAGGUUAUAAAACGUUGUUAAGUUAAUGUACUGUUUCUUUUAUAAAUCUUUCAUCCUUACCGAAGUGUCAUGGUUUUGCUGCUGUUUUUUGUUAGGUCUGGUAGUGUUUUUCAGUUCGAAGGUAUGAUGAAUCAAGCACAGUCUCCAACUAAUACAUCACCAUCACGUCAUUCUUCCACAUCAGGACAAAGUAAGUUUUGCUAUAGAAAGAUAUUAUUUAUCUUUGUUGAUAUGUGUAAAAGAAGCUGUCAGAUUUCCGCCAAUCAGCACGAAGUAGAAACAAUCGCAAAUGUAAACAAACAUUGAAAAAAAACAUGCUAAGGGUAGUGGCAUCAUUUCUAAUGUCAUCUCUGUCAAUCAGCAUUUUGCAUCAACUUAUUCGAUGCAGACAUUCAAAUUCUUCUAUCUCCCAGGAGAGCUUGCUCGCAGGCUACUUUGGGAAUUAAUACAAGCUAAGAAUAAUCAUGUUCACUGUACAUUACCAUCAACAGUUGAUGAUGAGAAUGGAAUGGAAUACGGUGAUGAAUCAAACCCAUCGAGUCCAACUUCAUCCAAGACAUUGCCGAGGUCUCUAUCAGGAACCACAGUAUCAUCCCAAGGGACUCAAGGGGGCAAAUCCAAAAAGCCGUUCUUCAAGAAGGUUUUGACACUGUUAUAUAAUGAUUAUUAUGACUAUAGUUGAACCAGUAAAAAAUAAACAGGGCUGUACUCUAUGAGGGUGACUCUCUUGGGAUCAUUAUACGUUUCUGGAAAACUGCCCACCUACCCCUCCCCUAAGCUAACAUUAACACUAACUUCUCACUUAGGGCAAAAUGUUGGCUUAGGGGAGGGGUAGGUGGCAGUUUCCCAGAAAUGUAUAAGGAUCCCUCUCUCAUUACCUGUACCUUAAAAAAAUACCCCCUUACUCCAACUGCUUGUCAUGCUUAGCUUUACUAUUCCAAAAACCUUCACCUUCGUAAAUCAUGCUUCAAGGGUGUGGGAAGUAGAAAGCUCUUGCUUUUACCUUAUUUGUUGGGCAUCCUGAAUUUUAUAAGAGGGUUUCGGGCUUGUUGCAGUGUUUCUUAGAGCAAAGCUGUUAUGAAAUUAAUGCACAAUGAUGUGUACCUGACAGUCUUUUUUUUACCUGUUUAGCAACAAGAGCAAUUCUCACCUUAUGAUGUUGUACCAUCGAUGAGGCCUAUUGUGUUGUUGGGACCAUCCCUUAAAGGUUAUGAGGUAUGACCAACAUCAAUUUUCUCCUAACCACAUCAGCAGAUCAUCAAGAGUAAAGGUUAUGAGAAUUACUAAAUUGAUUACCACAGGGAGAAUGCUUUGAUCUUAAACCAAUGUAUGGAGAUCAGUCUGGAGAAUUUGUAUGUGGAUCUUGGGGCUUAAAGGGGUAAGAGGAGCCUGCACUCCUAAUCCAGGUUUUUAUUACGCAUCUGUCACUUGUAUGUAGUCAGCAUUCGUUUGGACUUCCACUAACAAUGAAUGGAAUGCUCAAAACGCAAUUUGAUCACGCGUAUUUCGAGCUUCUACCCCUUGUAAUCUGAUCACGCGUGUUUUGACCACCUGUCAUGGGAAACUUACGCAAAGCACAGCGCUGAAGGAAAAGUGUUUUGACCUUUCAUUGUCAUAUCGGUUUUUGAGGAGACGGGAAAACCGGAGUACCUGGAGAAAAACCCCUCGGAGCAAAGGAGAGAACCAACCAACUCAACCCAAAUAUGGCAUCAAUGCCAGAAUUUGAACCCGGGUCACAUUGGUGGGAGGUUAGUGCUCUCACCUCUGCACCACCCUUGACCACCAAAUCGCAGACUCAGUUCCCAGUUAUUUUCUGGUUGUCUUUUGACUGUCUUUGAUUUUUUCCACAAACUAUUAAUAGGCACACUCAGCUACUAUAGGGUAGUGCAAUCAACGAGAAAGGUUGGCUAUUUUAACGAUUUUCCUCUGAUUUCAUCACAGGUUACGGACAUGAUGCAGAAAGCUUUGUUUGAUUACAUGAAACACAAAUUUUCUGGAAGGUAAGUUAUGUACAGUGAUAUAUUUCUAGCUAGACAGUUAGUUAGUAAGCAGUAGAAGGGUUUAGAAGGGUUCACUUCUGGUCAAGUAAACAGUAAAUACUCUUUUUUAUUUAACAUUAGAGGUGCCCAGUCAUUUAGCUUAAUUCACCCACAAGUGGACAGUCUUCUUAAGCCAUUAAGGACAUGAGUAUUUCCACCUUAGCUUUAACCCUUUAAGUGAGCUUCAAGUCCAUGUACCUUGCUGAAGUCCAGCUAUGAUCUUGCUGAACUAGUUUUUAUGUUUACUUUUGAUCCACUCCUUAAGCAGGCUUGUAAAUAGCCACAUGGUUUGCUUCUUGCCACUUAGAUUUAUUAGCUUUGCUCUGUUAAUUUGAUAUAUUUCUUCACUUACAGGAUAACAAUAAUGCGUGUUAAUGCUGACAUAACGUUGGCCAAGCGAUCAGUUAUUUCAAACCCCAGCAGGAGUAAGUUGAUGGAGAGAACGAACAGCAAAGGUUCAGGACUUGGUAUGUUUUUCUUAAAACCUUGCCAACAGUUAUCUGUAUUCUUUCCCGGGAAGAUAAGUCAUGCAGUUUGAAAAUGUGUGUUCUAGGCACAAUAUUUAUUACAAACACAGUUUGGAUUUCAUUUCAUCUUUAUUUUUGCUUGAUUUAAAGAGGACUGAACCUGUAGAUUUAAAACUGUGUUGAUUACUGUAUUUGAACUUGACUAGCAAAGUGUCAUUUACAAUUUUCGCAUCAAAUUGUUUUGUGUGCUCAAGAUUUUGUUUAAGACACUGGUUUUUGUUUUUUAUUUAAGAUUAGAGAUUGUAAUUUGUAUGAGAACAAAAUGUGAUCUUGACUGAAAUGUUGACACAGCUUCUUCAACCUUUGUAUUGUAUUUGAUUAAUAUCUUUACAGCUGAAGUUCAACUAGAAAUAGAACGGAUAUUUGAGUUGGCCAGAGGGCUUAAUCUGGUUGUGUUGGACUGUGAGAGUGUGAAUCACCCUACACAGCUCUUCAAGACGUCUUUAGCCCCCCUGCUAGUGUACAUAAAAAUAAAUUCACUCAAGGUAAUGUUUCUGUUUCUGUUUGAACUGUUGAUGGCUCGUUUAGUCAUCAAUACCUUAUUAAUCUUUUACAUUUCAAAAGAGCUUUGUUAGGAAAAGAUUUUCUGUGGGACAAGAAUGUCUAAAAAGAGCAGUAAAGAUACAUUGUUCUUACUAAAGUUCUUUUACGGGGAAAUUGGAAAAAAGUGUCUUGUCUACUUUUCAUCAACACCUUUUCCAUUCCUUUGUAGCAUUAUGUUUAUUUUUUUGUGGAAUGAAAUCUAGUGAAGAAUGGUAAUGACAAGUAACGAGGAUAAUUGAACAUUUUUGGUGAGCAUACCCCAAACCAAGAAUCUGUAUAGUUAUUUGCUUCAAGAAAAAUUAUCUUUGGUUACACAUACCCAUCUUGGUAAAAUAAUGAUGGCCCCUGCCCCCACUCAAAUGUGCUUGAAAUAAAUAAGCCCCAUGUGGGGCUUGACAGAGGAUUUAUGCUCAUUAUCACUUUGGCCAUACACUGUUUAAUAAUAUUAUUGACUUUUGGUAUCACUUGCAGGUCUUACAGAGACUCAUAAAAACCCGGGGCAAAUCCCAGUCUAGAAAUCUCAAUGUACAGCUUGUGGCAGCUGAAAAAUUAGCCCAGUGUGGGAAUGUGAGUAGUAAAGUUAUAUAAGUAAAUUGAUUUUUAAUUCUUGUGAUUGCUCUAUGUUUGGUUGCUAUCUACAUUGUGUUAUGGUCGUAGAUGUUGGCUUAAUUCUUAGUCCCAAGGGUGAUCAACAUUAAUUUUCUCCUUAACAAUAUCAAUAUACAAUCAAGAGAAAAUUAAUGUUGUGGGAAUUAGUAAAAUGAUCGCCUGAGGGGAAAAUGCUUUGAUAUUAUUUUUAUGAAAAUGUUUAGAGAUCAGUUUGGGGAAUUUGUAUGAGAGCAUUGAAGGUUGAAGAGUUAAAUCAUCUCAGUGUGCAAAGCAAGUGGUGUCCGAUAGCCUAGCCUGGGUGCGGCUAGUGGAUUUUGUUAUCAGACUAGUGAUUUUUGUUCUUAACUUGCCCGACGGGCAAGUGCUUUUUUGGGGGGAAAUUCAAAUUACAGAAGGGCUGUAAUCAGUCCUGUUAAUCAAAAAGUGUUUUGGGGCUAGUUGAAAUGACUUGUGGGCUAGUACAUGCUAGCUACAGCUUGCCCGAAUGGCAGGCUGUAAAACUGACUUUCUUUGCACCCUACAUCUUAAGUGCCUCUGACUGAAAUGCUUCAUAUUCUGUUUAUUUACUUUUACUAUCAUUGUCAUCAUCAGGAGGCUUAGGAACAAGCAAUUGUUUCCCAGCCUGUGGUUGCCUUUGAUUUUGAAACAGAAAGAUGUGGUAAAAUAAGAUAUCAAUUUAGUGGGUGUGAGAUAAAAGAAAUUGGGGCAAGGGCUGUAACUAAGGGGAAGGGGCCAAGAUUUCCCCCUGGUUGCUGUGAGCUAGACCCCCUCCUACUUUCAUAGGAAACAAAAGAAAAUUAGAAUGAAGAAAACUGCUUAUCUGUCCAAUUCCCCCCUGCUAAUUGCAUAUGCUGUGUGGCACGAAAUUUUUAUGGGAGUUAAUUUUUGUGGAUUGGCGAUUUUUUGUGUUUUGCGGGAACUAAUUUUUGCAAUAAGGACAGAUUGGUUUUUCUUGUUGGGAAUUAUUUUUUUGGUGAUUUUCAGAGUUUUUUAUUGAGUACUUGCCAUAGAAAUACAUAUUUUCAAACAAUACUACAGUGUGCGUACCCUUUGUAAAACCAGUAUUUCACUGUAUGCCGUUUUGUUAGUGUACAAAGCGAAUUUAAGUAAGAGAAUAGUUACUCUGGAGUAAAUUUUUGCGGGAAAAAUGUUUGCGGUAAUUUUUAUUUGCGGGAACUUAUUUUGCGGAUCACUGCAAAAAUCGCAAAAAUUAGAACCCGCAAAAAUUUUGUGCCACACGGUACCUGGCAACUUAAAAUCGUGGUAACAGCCCUACUGCUCACACCCCUCUCUCUGCAAAUGCCUAAAUAUCUAACUCAUGUAAGACCUAGUCUGCCAUAACUAACUCCAACCUCUCUGGGUAGAACUCUUAUAUGGUAUCUAAGGAUUCAUAUGAAGGUGUUUUGCCCUUUGCUUGUUACAUAAUAAAGGGCACAUCUUUCUCACAUCUUGUUUGGUUUAACACAAAGGAGACUUAUGACCUUGUGCUGGAUGAAGCUCAGCUUGAUGACGCAUGCGAUCAUCUGGGAGAGUUUCUUGAAAGUUACUGGAGAGCGACGCAUCCACCCAAUCAGCCAGGCAGCAGGCUGCCGACUGUACAGCCCCAACCAUCUUCCCAGCAAUAUCAUACUGUGGACUCGAAUGAAAGGCCCAGUGUUUAUUUGUAACAUCUGGAAUGCGGCAUGCCUUUCAGAGCAACUCUAUUUUGCCCAAGUACAAUUGGACAGAAUUUACCCUUGGUGCAUGUCAAUCUGCACCUACCUCAGUUGAUCAGAGCUGUGUUUGUUCAUAGCCAGUGGGGGAAAUUAGCAGAAAAUAUAGACAUUUCACAGUCCAAUCAAAGCCAGCUGUGGAGUCAGAAUAGUCAGUGUACAGUGGAUGUUUAUUCCCACAAGGGUGUCAUCCAUCGCUUGGCACCAACUCAAUGGUGCCCUUGAAACAGACAGGCACUGUAUUGUAUGUCGGCAAGGCAUUGUGUUAGGACAAGGCAAAAGAUAUGGUCAUGCUAUGCUAGGCUGCUGAAUAACAAGAAUCAUUUAUUAUUAGUUAAGAAACUACAAGCUUCAAGAUCGACUUACUUCGCAAAGUGGAUCAGAAGUAUGGUACACCAGAAGGAUAAGAAUUAAUGCAUUUUUUAAGAAAACACCUAUCCAAAACUAUAUUAGUGGUAAUUAAGAAAUAAUUUAAUUUAGUUACAUCAGGGUGUGAGGGAAAGGGAACAAAAGGUGGAACCAUAUCAUGUCUCAACACCUCUGUUAACAGGCUGUGAAUUAAAUCAUCAAUAAACUCUCAGACAACCGGUGUUAAGUUUGCACAGUGAAAUUUAUUCACCCACCUUCAUUUUUUAUAGAAUUUGGCAGUCUAGCCUUUAAGCCGUUUUUAUUUCACUUUUUAUUUUUAUUUUGUGGUACACUGCCCUUGGAAUUGAUGUGGCACAGCUUUUGUUGAAGCAGUGUCAUUAAUGUGGCUCAAUUCUUAAUUCAUUUGCUUGUUUGGUGGUGAUAAGAUGUGGUUCCACUGUGAUAUAACUUGCAAUAUCACAAAAGGUUAUAGGGCAAGCAAGAUUCUUUUAAGGGGUGUAAGUGCAAGAUCAUCAGUAUGGAGUUAUUGGUAAGCCUAUAAUCAUAGCCCAGAAGAGAAUUGUGAUGUCACAAAAACUUAAUUUGUGAAAUUAUGGGAUUUGUUUUUGCAUAUUCAAAAAGAACAAGAAGAAAAUAGUCCCCUUGCUGAAAAUCAGGGCCCAGUUGUUCGAAGGCCGAUUAGCGCUUAACCCGGGUUUCUUUUUCUGGCGUUGAAAAGCAUUUUCUCGGGUAAUUUUCUCUGUUAUUUUUAGAGCUUCCAAUCAUCAACUUGUAGACAAAAAGAAUUAAAACUGAAAUUCUUUUUAAGCUUUCAAAUCUGAAUUCAAAUCUCGCACUAACCCUGGGUUAUCUUAACCCAGCUUUGAACAACUCGGCCCAGGCUGUUAGUGCAAAUUGGUGAGGAGAUAUAAGUUCCACUAUGCUCUGAUGAUUAAUCCAUGCAAAUCCUUCUAAAAUUGGCUUGGAUCAUGAUGUUUACAAUCCAGGUCAUUUUAGAAGGAUUUAAAUGAGCCAUCGGAGCAUAACGGUGCCAAUUUCCACCAACAGGCUGAUUUUUAGCCAGGGAGCAUUUUUCAUCUUGUUCUGUCUGGAUGUGCUAAUCAGUCCCUUGAUUUCCCAAGUUUAGUUUUUGUGAUGUCAUUAUUUCUCUUCUCUAUGAUCCCUGCACCUACCACCUUCCUCUCACAGAUUUUUUGUUUCAUGGCAACCCUUAAGACUUACACUGAUGCACAGUAAGAAGUCAUACUUUGCCAGCUUAAUAGUAGACAUUUUGUUCUUUGAAGUAAUUAUUUGUUUAGCACAGGUGAGAGAUUUGUAAGCGUAUGCAGUUUUUGGAUAAAACCCUUUCACUCCAAGAGUCAACAUCUUGACAUGGUUUUUAAGUUGUGAGUCUGUGGAUGAAAUCCUAAUGUGUGACCAUUUAAAUGAAAGCUACUGAGCAGUACUUUCCUGUGGUACUGUUUAUUAUGCUGUACAAGGUGGUUCUAACUUUUGAGUCUGUGGAUGAAAUCCUAUGAUGUGACCAUUCAUUUUAAAGCUACUGAGCAGUCCUUUGAAAUGGUGCUAGUUUUUUCCCCCACUGUUUAAGAAAUAGUUUUAGGGAAUUUUUUUCUCAAGUUUUUAUUUGGCACACUCUCGAAAGUGAAAGGGUUGAUAAUUUUGCAUUGAAAUAUUAUUUUGGUCCUGACACCAGCCAGUGUUUUCUGUAGGUGAAUUGUUAAAAUGUUUAUGAAUGCCCUGGCCAAGAGAUGUCUUGUACAGCGAUGUAGACCAGAAAUAGCUGGGAAAUUAUUUAGUAGGAAAGAAACAAUAAUGGCUUAGAGCCCAUUUAUUAUUAGCUGUUUUAUAUUAUUUUAAAAAGUAAUGUGGCAAACACUUGCAUCUAUUUGUUGCACCUAUUUGUUGAUGUAUUAUAGUCCGGCUUACUUCAAAGUCUGGAUUUUUGAUAAGUAUGAAGACGAUUUGACCCAAAACGACUUUCUUUUGCACAUGUUUUAUGAUUGGCUAAUAAAUCUUGCUCCAUUUUCUCAACCAAUCAGGAUUAGAAUCAGAACCAAUCAAUAAUUGGUGACACUCGUUUUACCGCGCUUUUUUUCAGUUCUGAUUGGUUCAUUAAAUUAUUUGUCCGUGUUGUGAUUGGCUCAAUUAAUUACAGUGGUUUUGGUUUUACAAUAUUUUGUUGAAGACAGCUGUACAAUAAGAAGUAGCUUUAAAAUUUAGAAAAUAUAGUGCUGAAACAUUUAAGUGAGAGCAUAAGUGGCUAUUUAAUUAGUAAAGGCUCGUUUUGCAAAAGUGCCCUUUAGCUCUGAUUUUAACUGAAUGACAAGAUCACGAUUUCACCCAUACUGUUCUGCAAUGCAGAAUAUUAUGGUUAAAUGAUAUCGUAGUGAAGUUUUUUUUUUGUGCUUGAUUACAAAGAGUAUGAAGUAUGCUCCAAGUCUUUGACAUUGUGCUUUUUUUUACUACUUAAAAAAUAUGCCCAAUUUCAGUCCCUUGCUGGAUUCUUGUUUUCUCCAUUCCUUAAUUGUUUGGCCCCUCGGUUUCCGCAUGGUAGAUUAUCAUUUUUGUGUCUACCAAACUAGCAAAAAUUUUCUUAGUUUUUCAUAAACAUGUGUUACUUAAAGCAGCUAGAAUAUAAAAGUCUUUAAAAGGACCUCUGUUGAGGGCACAACAUUGAAAAACGUUCAUAACCCUUUGGUCACUCAUGGCAGUCAUGGGACACUCUUGUUGCCCUUAUAGGAGACCCUAGGAAAAUGACACCCACGGGACUCCUGGUGAUACAUUGGGGAAGUCCCGUGUAAUACCAAGUAAGGCCCGUUUGAGUUCAUUGGCGGAUACAGACCUUCAGAUAGGGAGGGAGCUGUCUUUCUAG